AACCAAAUGUCAAUCAAAGUUUUAGUUCGUUUAUAGUUUAUUUAUUAAAUUCAAAUUUAAAAAAGAAACAAGUGGCUGUUAAUAAUUUAUUUAUCAUCAUAUAAUAUUCAACAUGUCAAAUGCACGUACUGCUCGACUAUCGCGUGAAAUUAAGAAUUUCGAAAAGAAAUCUCCUUGGGGAAUUAAGUGUUCUCCUGAAAAAGAGGACAUUUACGAUAUUCUAACAGUAAACAUGCAAGGUCCAAAGGGAUCUCCUUAUGAGAAGGGUAUGUUCAAACUUGUUGUCGACGUACCUAAACGAUAUCCCUUUGAACCACCUUUGGUGAAGUUUGUUACGCCAGUUUAUCACCCAAACAUUGACAAAGAAGGUCGAAUAUGUAUGGAUUUAUUGAAAAUGCCACCGAAAGGUGCCUGGGUGCCGACCAUAACAUUGGAGAACUUACUGGUUUCAUUACAAACAUUGCUGGCAAAUCCUAAUCCACACGACCCUCUUAUGAUGGAUAUUGCUAAUGAAUAUAAAUUAAAUAUAGAAAAGUUCAAUGAAAAUGCUAGAAGAUGUACAGAGAAAUAUGCUACUGGUAAACAGAUGUAAUGGAUGAACCUAAUCUAUACUUCUUUAGUAAUGCAAAGAGAAAAGAUGUGUAUUUUUGUAUAUGUAUCUGUUGUUUUUAGAGUGUGACUCAGUGCCACAAAGAUAUUAUUGUACAUAUAGAUAUUUUGAUUUAUAUUAUAAGUGUGUUAUUUAUUUGAUUGGAAAAUA